GACUCUUUUUAUUUUUCCACUUCAAAACUCGCUUUUUUGUCCGUUCAAACUUGGCUUUAUUUUCUUUUUUUCAAUUUUCCCCUCUUCGUUGCGUUCGUUUCCCACUGUUUUUGAUACAAAAUUGAACGUGCGCACUUGAAACGUGAAGUCAUGCCUGGAGCUGGACGGCGUCGGCUGUUCGGGAGCAGCGGCAGUUCGGCGGCAGCUCGGCGGAACAUUGUCGGCGAUGACCGAGAGCGGCUUGUUCCGCGACGCGUCAGCAGCAAUCGCAAUCGCAACGACCACGGUGCCGAUGCUCACGGUGACGAUGAUGAUGACGAUGAUGAUGGGCGUUCCGGGUCCAGCGACGGCGAGCUCAACUACGACGCAGACCCAGCAAUCGACUUUGGGGCAGCCGUGGCAGCGACGACGACCCAUGCGGCCGACCGAACGAGUCGAGCGACGACGACGACGACGAGUGCCGCUCAGCGUGAUCAUCAUAGUCAAGGAGUUGAUGAUGACGAUGAUGACGAUGACAUGGUGGUCUGGUCGUCGAACACUGGCCGAGGCGAUGACAGUGAUCCAACAAGGAUGAUGAUGGGACGGACGAUGGCGCCAUUGGGCCACCACGGACCAGCCGUGUUACAUCACCAGCAACCAAUGCACGCGGCGACGACGAUGACGACCACGCAGCCGGCUGUGCAGACCACUCACCAGUCACCCCCAAGCGAACCGCAGGCUGGGUCCACGCGCACGCUGCUGCGCAAUCCGAGCAAUGCAAGCGCAGCCAAAUCCAAAUCCAAAUCCAAAUCCAAAUCCAAAUCAAGACUCCAAUCGCCGACAUUGCCGACUGGCAGCAGCAGCAGCAGCACUGGCAAUCGCCGCUCAUCGCCGCCGUCGGAGCCUGCCGACACUGCAAGCAUGCCAGUCGUCAAGCCGACGCCGUUGCCGAUCGGCGCCAUGAUUGUCGUGACGGUCGUGCAGCUCGCAGAAGCAGCCCAAAUCACCGUGCUGCUGCCGUUCGUCCCGUUCAUGGUCGCCGAGUUUGACUCUGUGCCAAAGGACCAGAUCGGAACGUUUGCCGGCUUGCUCGCCGCUGCGUUUCCAGCUGGCCAGUUUAUGAGCAGCUACAUGUGGGGAAUGGUGGCCGACAAACUCGGUCCAAAAGCAGUCAUCAUGGCGUCGCUCAUCUCCACUGCCAUCCUCACCAUUGUCUUUGGGAUGAGUACAUCGUUUCCCAUGGCCCUCGGCGCUCGAAUUGCCUGCGGCCUGCUCAACGGCAACGUCGGCGUUGUCAAGAGCUUUCUGGGCCGUGUGACGGACGGCUCGAAUCAAGCUCGCGGCAUGGGCAUCUUGUCCAUUGCGUGGGGCACAGGCUCGAUUGUCGCUCCCGCACUCGGUGGCGUGCUUGCCCGACCUGCCAUUUCAUUUCCCGACACCUUUUCGACCGACAGCUUGUUUGGACAGUACCCGUAUCUCUUGCCCUGCGCCUUGUCGUCCGCGUUUGUCGCCGUGUGCGCAGUCCUCGUCAUAUUCUUGAUGAAGCCUCCAAGCCACUACAUGCGGCUGGCGCAGAGCGAUGCCAAUAACGACGACGACGAAUGUGCCGCAAACACCGAGUCCUUUGAGCUUGGCGCCUUGUCCAGCUCGACGGCCAAGUUUACCAUUGACGACGAAGACGCUGCCGAGGAUGAUCGCACCACCAGCAGCAGCGCUUCGAGCACCCUCUCCGGAAUGCGGGAUCGCGAGACCACAACCGACACCAAGUACCAGCGAUCCCCUUCGCCGUUCGCAUCGCGCUCGAGCUCGUUGGCCGCGAUCGGGUCUGAAUCGCCGCAACCCAAGCCUCGUCCGACCAAGCCUCCACUGGUCAGGGCUUCGCUGUCCAAGCGCGGCUCUUCGUUGUUUUCCAUUUUCUCUACAAAAUGGUCGUCGGCUUCGUCGCUCUUUGGACGCAACUCAAAGUCCAACGAUGACUCUGAUGAGAAUGUCAGUGUCUUAUUGGAGUCGGUCGAUCCCGAAGUUCAAGUUCUUGAGACCGAGGACGAGACUGCAGAUGGACAGAGCAGCAAGCCUGCUGGCCGAGUCUACCAGUUUCGAUUCACCAGCGAGUCGCACCGGGCCAUGCGGCGCGGCAUGAUGUGCGCCACUGGCAUGUACGGGUUUGUGGCGCUUGUGUACAUGAUGGCCGAUGAAACAUUCCCGCUGUUCUGCUCUUCGGCGAUCGAGAAUGGCGGCUUGGCGUUUUCGUCCAAGUCCAUCGGCCUUGGACUGGCUGUCAUGGGCGUGGCCCUAAUGGCCUACACUUCAUUCCUUUAUCCUCAUCUCUGCGCGCGCGUGAGCCAUAUGGCAUUGCUUCGCUGGUCGCUUAUCGCCGCUGUCGCAGGGUUUAUGUUCUUCCCGCUGGUCAAUUACUUGGCCGCCAACAAUUACUCGAUCGAGCUGCAGUGGGUUGCGCUCAUGCUCAUCUUGACCUUUCGCGGCGUCCUUGGUGUCCACACAUUUACAAGCGUCAUGCUGUUUGUCAACAACUCGGUGCCGCGCGAGCGUCUGGGUCAGGCGAACGGCAUUGGACAAAUGUUUGCCGCUGGCGCGCGUACUUUUGGCCCUGCGCUUUCGGGCAUUCUGUGGUCGGCGCUGUCCCACGCCCGCUUUCCUUUCCACAAUGUCCUGCCAUUCGCCUUGCUCAGCUUCCUGAGCUUUGUCAUCUUCUUCCUCUCGUUCCUGUACGCCCCGACGAUUCAGAAACCGUUCGAGGAUUCGCUCACCCUUGCUCAGUUGGAUCCCGACUGCGGCGCCGAGUGGCUGGCCAGCAAGUCCAACCGCAGCCGCAGCAGCAGUCACUCUGCCGCGCCAUCCGCUGUCAUUGCGCACUAGUCGAGGCGAGGCGAGGCGAGGGGUAGUUCUCUGUUCUGUUGCAAGGUGGGGCAUGCAAUGUUGUUAAUGAUGUACUUUUAAAAUUUCCAAUUUCUUGUAUUGAGCUGAUCUGGAUGUCCUCUUGAGGCCCAGUGCCAAGUCGUGCAGUUUGGUCCAAGUAGUUCAAGUUGGGUUUGCAUGAGAUGUAUCGGAUAUUCCAGUGUUGAGCUCUUUUUCUGAUUUCUGAGCUGUUCUUCCCAUUCCACGAGCGUUGUUUCUCCCUUUGCUACUAC